AUGGCAUUGGAUUUUGGAUUUGGAUUCGUCGCCGGUGUUACUGGGACAAUUGCCGGCUAUCCAUUCGAUACCGUGAAAGUUCGUCUUCAGACUCAAACGCUCAAUCAUCGAAUAUAUAAUGGAUCACUGGAUUGUUUCAUUAAAAUUGCUAAACAAGAGUCUAUACUUGGCUUUUAUAAAGGAAUGGCUUCGCCGAUGUUUGGUGUUGCACUUAUUAAUGGUAUUGUCUUUUCCGUGCAGAAUGUUUCGAAAAGUCUUUUUGACAAUCCGGAUACUUAUACAGCAUUGGCAAUGACUGGCGCCAUUGCCGGCUGUGUUCAAGCAUUUGUCUGUUCACCUAUUGAGCUUGUGAAAACACGUUUACAAAUGCAAGGUAUUGGACAGCAGCGAAAAUUAUUUGCACUAUCGACUCAUUUGUACAAUGGUCCAAUCGAUUGUUUAAGAAAGUCUUAUAGUCGCCGUGGUCUUCGACAAGGUGUAAUGCGUGGUUUAUCAAUGACACUUGCACGUGACAUUCCAUCAUUUGCCGCCUACUUUCCUGCAUGGCAGUUCUUUGUCACCACUUUUUCUUCAACUGGCAAAGAAGCCGACAUGCCGAUGUACAUGAGCUUAUUAGGUGGUGGUUUUACUGGCAUAGCAGCAUGGACUGUUUCCUAUCCAUUCGAUGUCAUCAAAAGCCGUUACCAAGCUUCAAGAGACCAUGUUUAUAAGGGUGUUUGGGACUGUGCAGUGAAAUCAUUUCGCGCAGAAGGAUGGCAGGUAUUUACGCGAGGAUUUUUACCGUGUACACUUCGUGCUGUUCCAACGAACGCAUUUACAUAUCCAGUUUAUGCAUUGCUAAAACAAACAUUUGAUACAGCGCGAGAUGAAGAAACUGUGGUUCCCACAACAACUAAACCAGUUUCUAAGCCUAAACCCGUGUCAACAUCGAAGAAAGUUAUAUCACCGCCACCAUCACAAGCGACUCCGUCGUUGACUCCGAUACAAUCAAUAUGA